GUCCAAACUCAUCAAAUUAUAUACAUUAAAUAUAUUCAGGUUUUUUGUAUAUCAGUUAUACUACAAUAAAGCCUUUUUAAAAAAAAAGAGUGGUAUGUGGAUAAAUGUUUAACAAAUGGCCAGGGGCAUGGGGGGAGGAGAUCCGAAAUUUGUAGUGUUUGCCAGUUUCCAUGAUGUAAACAUCCUCACCAUGAACAAUGGCAAGCUACUGUGUCAAGCAUCACGUGUGUAUAAUGCCAAGCUAUCACUGAACUUGGAGUUGGAAGUGAUGUACACUCUCUUUGCACAAGCCAGCUCAAGUACACUAUUAGAUAAGAACAUUAGGGGGACAAUUAGAGAAAUCUGAAAGUGGACUGUAUGUUGGAUGAUAUUAUUGAAUUUAUAUUGACUUUCUUACAUGUGAUAAUGGUAACAUGAUUGUGUGGGAGAAUGCCUUGUGAGCUAUGUACUGAAAUACCCUGACUCUGAUGUUUGAAGACUACUUUCAGGUGUGUGUGCACGUGCGUGUGUCGGGGGGGAGAGAUGAAGAAAAUGUCAGUGUGUUGAGAGGUUGCUAGUUGAUUAAAAGGGUGAGGGAUACUUUGGUGCUCAGUGAAAUUGUUCUCUCACCUUCUCUGUGGGCUUAAUAUUUUUCAAAAGAAAAAUUUAUUUGUUGACAACAGAAGAUUCUAUGUACAAAAUCUGGAUUUUCAGUUUUUAUUGAAAGGAGCCUAAAACCUUGCAACAUUGGGCUUAUGCUCUCAAAUAGCACCAUUUAGCCAAAUCUAAUAGAUGGGGGAUGUGCUGCCCAGUCAGAUCUUACCUGGCCCUCUUCCCCUUUUGGGUUACCUUCCUGACCCCUGCGGGUAUUUGCAUUUGUGCCCCUGGUCUAGAAACUGUUCAAAGAUGGUCUUUAAUGCUGGCUCCCAAGCACUCAGUGGAGAAGGGGGAAAAAUAAUCUAUAUUGCCGGUGCUUCUGUAAUUAUUCCUCUUCUUGCGCCCUAGAUUAACAGCUAAAACUAAUUCAACGCUUCCUCAAACGUGUUUUACGAGCUCCCUCUGCUGACUCUUUCUGAAGGGAUGAAACUGCUUCAAUUCCUUGUAAGUUCUGAAUUUUGAAAUCGCCCUUCUGGGUUUAGACUUGGAAGAACUUGGUGACAUGACAGUCACCCAACUGACUUUCUUCCAUGGACGGCUCCUAUGAUGAUGGUUCAAGGGACUCACGGAAGAAUCAGAAUUUAGUUCAGUAGAACGCCUGUUUCACUGGAGGCUGUGCUUUGGGUGACUUGGCGCCCUCUAAAGGCUACAGUGCGAAGAGCAGCCCUUACCACGUGCUCCGCUCUAAGUUCCGGGCUUUGUCGGAACUGUGACCUUCAGGAGGGUGGAGGAAACGGGCAGAAGUCACUUACCGCCUGAAAUCCGGAAUCCGUAUUGCAGCUCGUCAUUUAGCCCUCCCUUGAGAUCACGGAAGUGUCGAGCUGGUGUCCUACACGACUUCUUUUUUUUUUUCAGCGAGUAUACUUUCUGCGUCACCAGUGUGACAGGAAAAACGAAUGGUUUUUGUUUUCAACCGAGAGCACUUUGAGUAAAGUCAGCAUUCCUUUAUUUUUUUUUCGAAUAAAGAGUUUGAGUUUCUUUCUUUCUUUUUUUUUUUUUUAAGACAAACACUAUCUUUCGCUAUUGGCUUUAAGAAAUAAUUCGUCAGACUAUCUGCUCUGUGCCAACAAGAGCUCAUCAUGGCCAAGCGAGUUGCAGUGAUUGGAGCUGGUGUGAGUGGCCUGUCCUCCAUCAAAUGCUGCUUGGAUGAGGACCUGGAGCCUACCUGCUUUGAAAGAACUGAUGACAUCGGGGGACUGUGGAAGUUUACUGAAACUUCUGAAGAUGGGAUGACCCGGGUCUACAAGUCAUUAGUGACGAAUGUCUGCAAAGAAAUGUCAUGUUACAGUGACUUCCCCUUCCAAGAAGAUUAUCCCAAUUUCAUGAAACAAGAAAAAUUUUGGGGAUACCUCCAAGAAUUUGCUGAGCACUUUGACCUUCUGAAAUACAUUCAGUUUCGGACCACAGUGUGCAGUGUGACAAAGCGUCCUGACUUCUCGGAAACUGGUCAGUGGGAUGUUGUCACAGAGAAAGAAGGGCAGCAGGACAGAGCUGUCUUUGAUGCUGUCAUGGUCUGCACUGGACACUUCGUGAAUCCCCAUUUACCUUUGGAGUCAUUUCCUGGAAUCCAUAAGUUUAAAGGCCAGAUCCUGCACAGUCAAGAGUACAAGAUCCCAGAAGGCGUUCAGGGCAAACGCGUCCUAGUGAUCGGUCUUGGGAACACUGGAGGGGACGUUGCAGUGGAGCUCAGUCGAACGGCAGCUCAGGUACUUCUCAGUACUAGAACCGGUACCUGGGUUAUCAGCCGCUGUUCAGAUGGGGGCUACCCGCUUAAUAUGAUGGUUACAAGAAGACACCAUAAUUUUAUUGCACAAGUUCUGCCUGCAUGGGUACUAAAGUGGAUUCAAGAGAGGCACAUGAAUAAAAGAUUUGAUCAUGCGAAUUAUGGAUUAAGUAUUACAAAGGGGAAAAAAUCAAAAAACAUUGUGAACGAUGAGCUGCCUACCUGUAUCCUCUGUGGGACAGUCACUGUGAAGACCAGCGUGAAGGAGUUUACAGAAACCUCUGCUCUCUUUGAAGACGGGACAGUGGAAGAAAACAUCGACAUUGUGAUCUUCACCACAGGAUACACAUUUUCUUUCCCCUUUCUUGAAGAACCUCUCAAAAGCCUUUGUACAAAGAAGAUAUUCCUUUACAAGCGGGUCUUUCCCUCAAACCUAGAGAGGACAACACUCGCCAUCAUUGGCCUCAUCAGCCUCACGGGCUCCAUCUUAGCAGGCACAGAGCUCCAAGCACGAUGGGCCACGAGAGUAUUCAAAGGACUCUGUAAGAUUCCUCCAUCUCAAAAACUGAUGGCUGAAGCUAUGAAAAAGGAGCAGCUCAUAGAAAGAAUUACAUUACUAUACAGUCUGCCUCUCUCAUAUUUGGGAAAACUAUCAGCCUAUCAUCACAGGGGUUUGAUGAAAGAUACCAGUGGAGACAAACUUGACUACAUUUCCUACAUGGAUGACCUCGCUGCAUGCAUAGGCACGAAGCCCAGUGUCCCACUUCUGUUCCUCCAGGAUCCCAGGCUAGCUUGGGAAGUUUUCUUUGGACCAUGUACUCCUUAUCAGUAUCGCCUAAUGGGCCCUGGAAAAUGGGAUGGAGCCCGAACGGCCAUCCUGACCCAGUGGGACAGGACGCUGAAGCCCUUAAGAACUCGAGUAGUUCCUGAUUCCUCCAAGCCUGCCUCCAGGUCACAUUAUCUGAAAGUCUGGGCGGCUCCUAUCCUACUCGCCUCCCUUCUACUGAUCUGUAAAUCUUCGCUUUUUUCGAAAUUGGUGCCAGAUAAACUACAGGACAGAAUUUCCUCUUACCUAGUCACCAGAAUCUGGUCCUGCAGCUUCCCCUCCACUUCAAACGCUGCCAUCCAGUACUGCUAAACUGUGAACUGUGUCCUGCCUCAUCACUUCGACACCAACUGUUGCCUCCGCCAGCCACUCGAAUCCACACCCGACUGUCUCUCAAGGGAGAGCUUGAUUACCUCCCUCUGUGAAGCCUGCCCUGAAUCCCCGAAGCAGAGCUGACUGCCUUUUCGUAGUGAGUACAGCCCGUAUACCACUGUCAUUGCUCUUUGCCUACUGAGGUAUACUUUUCUUUUUGUGUCUGUCUCCCAAUGAAUGGUGGGUUCUUGAGAGGAACCAUGUCUUGUUCAGCUAAAACACUGCCUGACACAAAGGGUUGCAAAAUAAAUAUUUGAUGAC